CCUCCUCCUCCUUCAUCCAUUAUGGCUAUCGAAAAGGAAGAGGUCGACGUGGCCGUCAUUGGCGCCGGUCUCUCAGGCAUUGAUGCUGGUUACAGGCUCAAGGAAAUGACAAACCUGAGCUAUACCAUCUACGAGCAAAAGCCCGUCCUCGGCGGCACAUGGCGGCUCUUUACCUACCCUGGCAUCCGCUGCGACUCGGACAUGUACACACUUGGCUUCCCCUUCCGGCCAUGGAAGAGCAACACAUCGAUUGCGGAUGCCGACGACAUCGCAAAGUACAUCGAGGACACGGCAAAGGAGUUUGGCAUUGACAAGAAGAUCCAGUACAACCACAAGGUCAUCCAGGCCUCGUGGUCGACCAAGGAGAAGCGCUGGACGCUCAAGAUGGAGAUCACCGACGGCAACGGAAACGUCGUCUCGGAGAAGCUCGUCUCGGCCAACUUUGUCUUUGCCUGCUCGGGCUACUACUCGUACGACGAGGGCUACUACCCCGAUCUGCCGGGAGCCAAGGACUUCCAGGGCGAGAUCCUCAAGCCCCAGUUCUGGCCCGAAGACCACGACUACACGGGCAAGAAGGUCGUCAUCAUUGGCAGCGGUGCCACGGCCGUGACGCUGCUUCCAAACAUGAUCAAGGGCGGCGCAAAGCACGCGACGAUGCUGCAGCGCUCGCCCGGCUACUACAUGCUCCUCGCCCGUGUUGACCCCGUGGCCCGCGUCCUCGGCUGGUUCCUGCCAAGGGCGUUUGUGUCGUGGUACAUGCGCGUGCGAAACUCGAUCCGCUUCACCGUCUUCUUUGUACUCUGCCGCAUGUUCCCCAGCGCCGCGCGCCGCAUUAUCCGCUUCCUCACGGCCCGCCAGCUGCCCAGUCGCAUCCCCCUCGACCCUCACUUCCAGCCAAGCUACAACCCAUGGGACCAGCGCGUGUGCAUCGUCCCCGACGGCGACUUCUUCGCGUCGCUCCGCGAGGGAACUGGCGACAUUGCCACCGGCCACAUUGACACAUUCACAAAAUCAGGCAUCCGGCUCAAGGACGGCACCGUCCUCGAUGCUGAUCUCGUCGUCCAGGCUACGGGUCUCAAGGUGCAGCUCUUUGGCGGCUGCGACCUCAUCGUCGACGGACGCAAGGUCGACACGGGCAAGAAGACCAUCUACCGCGGCCAGAUGCUCGACGGUGUGCCCAACCUCGCGCUCUCGUUUGGCUACACCAACGCCUCGUGGACCCUCGGCUCGGACCUGUGCUCGCAGUACGUCGGUAACCUGCUCAACCACAUGCAGCUCAACGGUAAAAAGGUGGCCACGCCCCGCCUGCCCAAGUCCAAGGACAAGGAGGCGCCCACAAUCAACCUCAACGCCGGCUACAUCCAGCGUGCCCAGGGCAUCUUCCCCAAGUCGACGGGCGAGUGGCCGUGGAAGAUGAAGGACAACUACAUCAAGGACUACUUCCGCACCACCUUUGGCGACCAGCUCACCGACAUUGAAUUUGCCUAGAGUUUCUUUCUUUUAUUUCUUCUUCAUCUUCUCAUUACGAAUGCUUCCACCACCUCGUCUCUUGUAUAUUCAUCAUUCAGACUUUCCCCUCUCUCUCGGAUCCACGCCUCCCUGCUUUUCCCCACACUGCCCGCAAUAAUGAUUGAACCAAUCGCUGCUU